CGGCCGCUCCUCCGCCGCUUCCCUCGCUGCUCGGGGCCCGCGGCCCUUCCCGGCGGCCCGGCCUGGGGCGGGGGCGGUGACGGCCCGGGCAUCCCGCAGGAAACCCUCCUCCCAUGAGUGUUGGUGAAAAUGGGGGACACAAGGGACAUCUGUCCUCACCUGGAUUCCAUAGGAGAAGUGACCAGGGAUGAUCUUCUGCUCAAAUCCAAGGGAACUUGCCAGUCUUGUGGAGCUGUGGGACCAAACCUCUGGGCUUGUCUUCAGAUUGGUUGUCCUUACGUUGGUUGUGGGGAGUCCUUUGCUGACCACAGCACACUUCAUGCACAGGCCAAGAAGCACAACCUGACAGUGAACCUGACCACGUUCCGUGUGUGGUGCUAUGCCUGUGAGAAGGAGGUGUUCCUGGAGCAGCGCCUGGCCGCUCACCCGCCCUCACCCCCCAUCAAGUUCCCUGAGCAGGAUUCUCCUUUGCCUGCUCACCCUCUGAAAGCUGUUCCGAUUGCAGUGGCUGAUGAAGGCGAAUCUGAAUCAGAGGAUGAUGAUUUGAAACCAAGAGGCCUUACUGGAAUGAAAAAUCUUGGGAACUCCUGCUACAUGAAUGCAGCACUUCAGGCUCUCUCAAACUGCCCACCUCUGACACAGUUUUUCCUGGAAUGUGGUGGACUGGUCCGUACGGAUAAGAAACCUGCCCUGUGCAAGAGUUACCAGAAGUUGGUGUCUGAGGUUUGGCACAAGAAACGCCCGAGUUAUGUUGUUCCAAGCAGUCUAUCCCAUGGAAUCAAGCUUGUCAAUCCCAUGUUCCGAGGCUAUGCACAGCAGGACACCCAGGAGUUCCUGCGGUGCCUGAUGGAUCAGCUCCAUGAAGAACUGAAGGAACCAGUGGUUGCAGAGACGAGGGAUUUGGACACCAGUGACCAGGAGGACAAGCGCGAGGGCGACCGAAGCCCUUCGGAGGACGAGUUCCUGUCCUGUGACUCCAGCAGUGACAGGGGUGAAGGGGAGAGCCAGAGUCGGACCUCAGGGAGCAUGGGCAGCAGCUCCCUGGCAGAGACAGAGCUGCUGAUCCAGGAUGAAGCAGGGAGAGGGAUCUCAGAGAAGGAGAGGAUGAAGGACAGAAAGUUCUCCUGCGGCCAUCGGCGCAGCAACUCGGAGCAGGUGGAUGAGGAUGCAGAUGUUGACACUACAAUGAUGCCAGUCGAUGGCAGAGCCUCACCUGAGAUGCUGCCAGCUCCCUGUCCUGCCAGCCCAUGUAGGACACCAGAACCUGACAAUGAUGCCUAUGUGCGCUGCUCCUCACGCCCCUGCAGUCCAGUCCAUCAUGAAAUGCACUCCAAGCUCUCCAGCAGCCCUCCCCGCUCCAGUCCUGCCAGGCUUGGACCUUCCUACGUGCUCAAGAAAGCCCAGAUGCAGGCUUCUGGGAAAAAGAAGAAGGAGCUCCGUUACCGCAGUGUGAUUUCCGACAUCUUCGACGGCUCCAUCCUCAGCCUGGUGCAGUGCCUCACCUGCGACAGAGUUUCUACAACAGUGGAGACGUUCCAGGACCUGUCACUCCCAAUCCCAGGGAAAGAGGACUUGGCCAAGCUGCACUCUGCCAUCUACCAAAACGUGCCAGCCAAGACAGGGGCAUGUGGGGACAAUUAUGCCUCCCAGGGCUGGAUUGCUUUCAUCAUGGAGUAUAUCCGGAGAUUUGUGGUGUCCUGUAUCCCUAGCUGGUUUUGGGGUCCUGUGGUGACACUGGAGGAUUGCCUUGCUGCCUUUUUUGCAGCAGAUGAAUUGAAGGGGGACAACAUGUACAGCUGUGAACGGUGUAAGAAGCUACGGAAUGGAGUAAAGUACUGCAAAGUCCUCCGGCUCCCAGAGAUCCUCUGCAUCCACUUGAAGCGCUUCCGGCACGAGGUGAUGUAUUCCUUCAAGAUCAACAGCCACGUGUCCUUCCCCUUGGAGGGGCUGGAUCUGAGGCCCUUCCUGGCCAAGGAGUGUGUGUCCCAGAUCACCACCUACGACCUGCUGUCAGUCAUCUGUCACCACGGCACGGCUGGCAGUGGCCACUACAUUGCCUACUGCCAGAACGUGAUCAAUGGCCAGUGGUACGAGUUCGAUGACCAGUACGUCACCGAGGUGCACGAGACCGUGGUGCAGAAUGCAGAAGCCUAUGUGCUGUUCUACAGGAAGAGCAGUGAGGAGGCUGUGCGGGAGCGUCAGAAGGUCGUGUCCCUGGCCAGCAUGAAGGAGCACAGUUUGCUCCAGUUCUACAUCUCUCGAGAAUGGCUCAAUAAAUUCAACACCUUUGCUGAGCCUGGGCCCAUCACCAACCACACCUUUCUGUGCUCCCAUGGAGGGAUCCCUCCAAAUAAAUACCACUACAUUGAUGACCUGGUUGUGAUUCUGCCCCAAAACGUGUGGGAAUAUCUCUACAACAGGUUUGGGGGUGGCCCUGCUGUGAACCAUCUGUACGUGUGCUCCAUUUGCCAAGUGGAGAUCGAGGCGCUCGCCAAGCGCAGGAGGAUCGAGAUCGACACCUUCAUCAAGCUGAACAAGGCUUUCCAGGCAGAGGAGUCUCCAAGUGUCAUCUACUGUAUCAGCAUGCAGUGGUUCCGGGAGUGGGAGGCCUUUGUCAAGGGCAAGGAUAACGAGCCCCCUGGACCAAUUGACAACACCAAGAUUGCCCUCACAAAACCAGGAGGCCACGUGCAAGUCAAGCAGGGUGCUGACUACGGGCAGAUCUCCGAGGAGACCUGGGUUUAUUUAAGCACCCUGUAUGGAGGGGGGCCCGAGAUUGCCAUCAGACAGAACGUGGCCCAGGUGCAGGAGCUGGAAAACCUCCACGGGGAGCAGAAGAUUGAAGCAGAGACACGAGCAGUGUGAUCUGUGCAGCUGGGGCAGGGCAGGGAUGGCACAGGUACCUCUGUGGGGACGGGAGGCUGGGAACCCUCCACUGUCUGGGACUCGAGGUGGUGCAGCUCCCCCAGCCCUCUGGGGCAGGCAGCCUUCCUCCUCCUCCUUUCAUGUGGCUCUGAGCACGGGGUGGUGCUGGGAGAGACUGGACAAAGCUCUGCACCUCAGCUGUGGUGUGAGGCUGCAGCCACAGUCACAGGCUUGUCCUGACCUGAGCUCUCUCCCUUUCCUUUGCUUCCACCAAACCAGCACUCCCAGCUUGGCCCCUCUGCACUGAGCUCUGCUCCUUUGCAGGUUUUGCUUUUGGCACUUCUCUUUUUAAUUCAAACAUGUAAAGAUAAUGAGAGAUUAUUUAUGUUUCCAGCGGGCAGUGGUGCAACCAGAGAAACUUGUUUUUGAGUCUGAGCAAAGCCAUGAGGUCUCCCUGUGGUUUUGUGUUUCCUAGUUUUGCUCUUUACAAAAUUCUUGCAAAUUCAGUUGCAAUCAACUAAGAAAUUUGGAAAGAAGCUAUUCCCUUCUCCUUUCAGUCCCAAACCCACACCUUCAUGGUCCUGCAGAAUUUUAUUUUCUCCUUGUGUCUGAUCUCCUGUGUUCAGCCCAUUUUUGGACAACAAAGCUGGAAGGUGAGUCCUCCUUCCCAAAGUCUUCCUCAGACUGCCCCUGCCAUGAGCCUGUGUCUGUCUGCCCUCAGCUGGGAAGGAGCUGGAGCUGAGGAGGGGCCCCUUUGUUCCCACCUGGGGCUGAGCAGGGCCCAGGCUGGUGAAGCAGCUUUUUAGGAACGAGCUCUUUCUGCAAACAAGCCCCCACCUGUGUGCUGAGGUCAUUCCAGAUGUCCUUUGUGUGUACAGUGGCUCAUUUAAUGGAUUUGCUCCCAGAUCUACUGCCAGCCAUGCAGUAGAGACAGCAAUGAGGGCAAAAAAGGCCAAACUCCACUUUUCUCAGCAGGGCUAUUCGUACCAUGCUUUUUGUUCAUCUUGCAGCAAGGCAGGAGUUCAAAUCUUUGAAAGCCUUUGAGUGCAGUUUAAUGGAGGCAGAGCUGCCUCCCAGGGCCACAGAGCCAAACUGGGUGGGUGAUGCCACAGUGCCAUGGAGCUGGGACCUCCUGAGCUCCUCACUGAAAAUGGGGAGGGAGGGAAAGGCUGCUCCUUGACUUAGAGGAGAAGGGGGUGUAGAAGAAUUUGAGAACAAAAAUGUGGUUUUCAUGUUUUUCUUUUUUUUCUUUUUAGUUCAAAUGUUUGUUGCAUAAAGCAACUUCUUUAAAAUUGUCUAUAAUUGAUUCAGCAUGUUAAUUUUACAAUCCUGUUCACUGGAUGCUUGUUUAGGGCCAGCCAGACCCUAGGGGAGGUCAGAGAAUGAGCCACUGUUGAGAUUCUCAUUGUUCCAAGCUGUCUCUUCCCCAGUGCAGCAGCCCUGGGCCCUGCUGCAGAGCCUGCAGGGCUGCAUGUCCCCAUGUGUUGUCUGUGUUCAGAGGGUGCUGUACAGACUGUAAUGACACUCCUGUGCUUCAGUGUUAGACCUUGUGCUGAAAGUGGUACAAUAAAUCCAUGUGCAUUCAACAAG